CGUCCACCAUCGCGCGCGUCCGAUGUGUGAGCGUGUUUGUGCGCACUGCGCAGGAGUCCCGGUGCGCGUACUGCCUGUGCCUGCUGGUCGCGCUGCUGUUGACGGACGCGCUGUCUCCACAAGUGGCCGCCAUGCUACCCUUCAUCCUCUUCUUGGACCUGCCCGUGGAAGAGCAUCCGCUAUACUUCAAUAUACCUGCGGAGCUCCUGCACCAGGUCGCCGUGGUGCUGUUGGUGGCGAGCGUGGACGCCACGUCGCUGCUGUGCCGCGUGGCUCUGUACGCGAUGGCGCUGUUCGGCACGCGGGUGCGUACGCUGCUGUGCGGCUGCGUGGCCGGCGCCGCACUGUGCACGCUGCUCAUGAGCGCCACGGCCGCCGUGCUGCUCAUGGCCGCCGUCGCCGACAACAUGGUGCAGCUGCUGCAGAACGAGCUCGUGCAGGCUCCAGCGAGGCCACCAUACGCCUGAUUCACAAGUGGUCGUCAUCGCAGCACGGCCGUGGCGUGGAUCGCGAGUCGCUACCCAAGCUGGCCAACGCGAAGUACGUGAACUCGUGGGUGCUGGACUUUCUCAUCGAUACCAAUGUCACUGACGACCAGUUGAUGAACCAUGAGGUGUCCCGAGCCAGCGCCCCGUGCUCCACGGAGACCGGGGAGGAGUCAGCACGGCGCCACUCACCGCCCAAGCAACCUGUCGCGCCGAGCAAGUCGUCCUUCUUGUCGCUUCCCCGCGUCAGCCGGCGCCUGAAGAAGACGUCGAUCCUCGAGGACGGCCAAGUGGUUAUGCCGGGACAAUCGUCGCCGGAACGCAAGGGCAUCAAGAGCAUCGACCUCGUUACCAGACGAUACACUACCAGCUACUAAUGGGUGUCGUGGUAGCUUCGUCUUUGUCCAGCAUGCUGUCCCGCGCGCACAACAGCGUUCACAGGAACGUCAUCGGGUACGUUGAGAGAAAAUGUUCACCUCCUGCAUUUCAGUCUUCUAUACCUGACACAAAAAAUAAGCUAUCAGCAAGAAAUUUGAUACGAGGCCUUGCAAAGGACAUCUACUAUGAGUUGUAAAACUAAUAUUUGGCUCAGAAAAAUGCAUCGUGGUUAGGCCGAGAGGAAGCCAGUCACCCCUAUACGGGCCCAGAAAUCCAUACAGUUGUAUAGCGCGUUCGCAAACGCAGAGUAACCGAGAAAUAAACCAUGGCUAUACUCCUUACCAUGAUUGUGGCGAAAAAACAAACAAACAAAAACGCCGCGAAAGAAAUAAACAGCAGCAGAAGAACACCGAGGACACGUGACCGCUUGGUUCAUCUGUGGAUUCGCUCACUUCUAUAGCAGGUUCCGCCAGCCUAUGAUGACAACCGCCAUUUGGUGCAUCGUGCUGUUACCCGCCGAGCUGCUGGGCAUCGGCGCAUUUUGGCUGCGCAUCAAGUUCGCCUUCCUGAGAAACUUUGACGCUCCCGACAAUCCAGAGGCCCAAAUCGCCAUUCAGCUGCUGAUCCAAAAGAUCCACAAGGACAUUGGCCUAUUCAGGUA